CCAAAACCCCAAACUUAAAACUUUACUCGGCAUUUGACUUCUCUCUCACCUCCCAAACUUUGCCACGCCAUGCCCACCGCCACCACUCUGCACCUCUUCUCUCCACCACAGCUCACCACUAAACCAUCAAGCUUAAUCACCACCAACGCCACCACUGUCCCAUUCUUCACGUCCUCCAAGUUCAAACCCAUUUCGUAUCAUUUCCCCAAACGUUUCAGAUCCCCAACUACAUUUAUUCCCAAGGCCGACGAAGGCGACGCAGAUGAAGUUGGGCCCGACGACUACGACAUGGACGAGGAAGAAGUGGAGGAGGUGGACAAUAAGAAAGACUACGACCUCGAUUAUGACCCCUCAGCUGCUGUUGCAGCGGAUGCGGGUGGAGAUGAGGUCAUUGCCAUGGUGGAUAGCAAGAGUUUCGUCUCCACGCUGGGGUGGGAUUCCGAAAAGAUUGUUGAUUACCGGAUUGAUGAGGAGGAGUUUCAUAAAAUUAGCUUGAUGGAUUGUGAUUUCUUCAUAAGGAAGCCGCCUGACCCAGAUAAUGAUGUUUAUGAUUUUAGAGAGAUGUAUGUUACUCCACCGGAUACUGAUAUUUAUGCUAUUCCAAGGGUUCUCGCACCAAUGCCACAAAAGUACAUUCGCUGUGCAAUAAGUGAUUAUGGACGUUACAAUGUAACAGAACCGCCCAUCGAUGCACCACGAGAUCCUAUGUAUAAAUCUGAGCGAGAGAUUUUGAAGGUUUUCUUGACAAAGCACUACAGGAACCGAAGAUUAGGUGACCCGGAAUUUGUGCUAGAUUUUGAGGAGAUAUAUGUUAUUGAUUCCAAAACAAAGUCAAUAACCAGAGCAAAAGUAGUGGUUACGGUUCCUGGAGGAAGAAAUAGGGAUAGGAAGAGUGACUUGCUUGUAAUACGUGAUAAUGGGACCUCCUUCAAAAUAGUUCAUGCGAGUGAAAGAGAUGAUCCAACCACGGUAAUAGAGAGAGAAGAAUGGACCAAGACUAGACAAGACAUGGAGAAGCAUCUCAGCAAGCUGCGGGACUUCAGUGUUUCAAAUUGGUUCUGAACUCCUAAUCAUUUGGCGCCAUGUGGAGACUGCUUCAUUGAGAUGAAUUUGUAAUGGAACCUGGCAUGGCCAAAACAUGUGCAGAUGUGGCCUGGUCAGAACAUGUGCAGUGCAGCUUAUAUUAAAGAUUCAACUUUGAGAUUAUCAUCGUCAUUUUGAAAAGAAUUUCUGGUGCUGAAAUGUUGGAUGUUUGCAUGAGAUUGUUGGAACAUCCGCUGAGCAUGGCUUCCUUUUUGUAAUUAUGGGGGAAAUUUCGCUUUGCCAUCCAUUUCUAUGCUGUGUUGUUAUUAACUCAGAAGAUUAACAUUUUGUUUGUGAUUUGGUACUUAGAGAACAAAUUAGUUAGGAUGAUAAUCUUCCAUGCGAAACAUUACUUCAUCAGCUGCUGUUUUGGCAUUUUUCGCCACACUAAUUCAUAAACAUAAUUGUCUCUACGAGUUUUCACAUAA